CAGUGUCUUUAUAAGCUUCAGUCUCUCUUCUCCUCACACUCCAACCCUGCUCACCUCUCAGCUGGACAGUAAGGGACGUUUACACCACACACUGACAACAUGCUGGGGACCCUCUGCACUCUCAUCACUGCUCUAACAUAUGUUGAUGCAGUCAAAGUGCUGACCCAGACGCCUGCUGUCCACACAGUUUCUACAGGACAACAAGUUGUUCUCAACUGCAACAUUCAGAGAUAUGAUAGCCAAUAUGUCAGCUGGUAUAAACAGGUUCCUGGUGAAGCUCCUCAGUUUGUUCUGAGAUUUUUCCAUUCUAACAGUGCACCAGACUACUUUGGAUCAGGAUUCUCCUCAGACAGAUUCAACUGUAAAUCCUCAUCAAACAUAGAUUACCAGUUCAUCAUAAAGCGGACAGAGACAGGAGACUCUGCUGUCUAUUACUGUGCAACAUGGGACACCUCUACUCAGGAGUGGGUAUUCGGACAAGGCACCAAGCUGAUUGUGACAAGCUCCAGCCUCCCUCCUCCUGUCCUGACAGUCUUCCCUCCGUCCAGUGCUGAGCUCCAGUCCAACAAAGCCUCUCUGGUCUGUCUGUCCAGUCAGUCUGUGCCUUUUGCAGAUGUGAGCUGGUUGCUUGGUGGGAGUCCAGUGAGCAGUGGGAUCUCUACCAGCACCGCUGUUCAGCAAGCAGACCAGACGUUCCAAAUCAGCAGCUAUCUGGCCGUCCAGACGUCAGACUGGAACAUGGAUAAGGUUUACACAUGUAAAGUGUCUUUGGGCUCCCAGACUGCAGAGAAAAACAUCAACAAGUCCCACUGUCCCACUGAAGAACAGUAGAGGAGCACAAUGAGCAUUUAACAUCUGCUUCUUUACUCUUUGUGCUGUUUGCUCAUUACAAGGUUUACAUGGUAGAAAAGAUGUGUCUGCAUGCUUGUAAUAAAUGUUGUGACAGUUAGGUGGAGGUGUUGUAUCAGCUUUGCAAAUGCUGCAGUUUUCAACAAUCAUUCAAUAAAAUAAAAAAAAAAAACAGUUGAAAAA